AUGGCAGCGCCUGGAGAAAAUGUGACACCCGAGCAGAGCAUUGUGCUAAAGGGCUGGGAAAAGUUAGAAGAUGACGUUAUUAUCAAAGAGGUGUCUACCAAAGGCAAACACGUCAACCUCUGCAUCCAGUUUCUUGCUCAUCGGAACGAGCUGACGAUUAAGGAGGCGAAAAAUUAUUUCCUACAAAAGGUUAAUGCGUACGUCUACAGAUUGCUGUCGAAUCGCCAGCUCUAUAAGGCGCAUCACAUCCUGAAAAACAUUGAUCGUGUGCCCCAGUACGUCUUCUACCAGAUCGCGUCCGAGACGAGUGAUCACGGGUUGCGGGACUACAUCCAGGAGCACCUGACCCGAACGGUUGAAAACUACACCACUGGUGAACAGGAACGAAUUGCAGCCAACUGGCGCGUCUAUACGCAGCUUAAAGCCAACGUGCGCCAAAUGGCGCAGGUGCUGAACGAGGUGACCAAUGGAUACACCGUGCUCGAAAUCGAGACGAUGUCGUUCAACACCUUCUGCAUGAAGGAGGACGUAUAUCGCAAUUCUGUCGCGGUUGAUCUGUUCUUCAAAAAUCAAGAAACCGAAAUCUCGCCCAUCCUUGAUCGGUACACCGUGUGGAGCUAUCUGCUGAAAAACAACAUCGCCAAUCUGGUGAAGAUAUGGAUUCAACUCAACAGUUGUCUACGGAGAUGCUUUUACGAUGGCACGGAUCCUACCACACACCUGCAGAGCAUCAACAUCGACAUCUACGAUGAUGCACGGUUUAAUGAACGACUUCGGCAGCUGUUCCAACGCUGGGAAAUCGACGACUUUAUGCUCUCGCAGCUGUCCCACCAUCGGACGCUGUCUCGUAAUGAAAUCCUGCUGAAUGAAUUGGCAAGACUCGGAAAAUUUCUCGAUCACGAGCGUAACGAUGCGGUGGCCAUCUUGCGUCGACUUUUCUCGACUGAAAGUUUCAAGCAACACCACGAGUGGACUGAUGCCACAUGGUUGCGGGAACAGCUCACUAGCCAGCUGGUUGAGAAUCGGUUUUUCCCCAUGCUUGCCUUGCCGAUUGUUAGCCGUGAGCUCCUCGAGCAGAUGGCGGAAGAUCCUGCCGUACAGCAACAUGCAGGGGUGCAGGUUUUUUUGCAAUUAGAAAAGUUAACGGAUCCUUCAAUUGAUUCCAAAAUCCUGCUGGCCGUAUCACGCACCAUAUCGGGCUACAUCCAGCAGCACAACCGUGCCUUUUAUGAGGAGAAUCCAAUUGUGUACCUUUUCGAGUACGGGCUUGAUGAGUGUAACACGGCGUUUGAGGAUAAUAAUCCACUGCUAGAAAAGCUGCCACAUUUGCACAAUUUCAUCGUGCGCCUCAAGCAUGAACCGGACGUCGACAAAGCGGAAAUGCCGAUCGUCCAAAAGCUGUUGCAGAACGCUGGCAUUCCCGUUUGGAACAAAAUCUUGCAUUCGCUUUUCCGUGGUUCCGUCGACGAAGAGGAUAAAGGGGACGAAAAAGCGUUGUUCGAAAAGCACGGCUUGAUGCCGCAUUUUAAUCAUCCCCUGCUGGUGAGCAAAUACGGUCAACCGGCAACAUUGCGCUAUAUGCACUACAUCCAGUUACAUCAGGCGUGCCACGCGGUGUACGAGUUCUAUCGCGAACAAUUGCAGGACUACUCGCAAAUAUCGACGCGACAGCAGAACAGUGCAGCCCAAACGGUGUCCCAGAUGGCCAUCCGGAGCUACUGGGACACAGAACUCACCACACACGCUGUCGCCUUUAUCGAGAUGAUCGGUGUCAAUAGUGUACCCACGCGCGCCUAUCUGCGCUGCCUAACGCUUGUCGACAAGUACUGCCAAAAUGCGGAAGCAACCGAUGAUCAGCAAGCUAUCGAUGAACCGGUAAAGCUCAGCGUGGCCAACUUGCUGCGUCGUUGUGAGCUGGCGAUCGCCGACAAACGGUUUGAGGAUCCCGAACUGCUGAUCGAUCUCGAGGCCAUGACAAUUGUGGCCAAAACAAAUGGUCUCCCGUAUCCGGAGGCGUAUCUACGGGAGCAUUUGCUUGCGAGAAACGAUUGGUAUCGGUUCCUGCUGCUUGUGGAUUAUCUGAACUAUCCGCAGGAGCAAAUAUUAGAGCUUUGUCGAGCGGGUUUCGGUGAGAAGAUGAUUGGACGCAACCUCAUGACGGCCCUUCUGUACCAAUCCCGGAACGUGAAAGAAGGACGUGAUGGUCUAACAUGCUCCAGCUCUAUUACGUCGAUCAAAAGACGAUCGAGCUUGACACCUCGCAGAAGACGACGAGCAAGCAGUACAGCUGCGGAUUCCAGUGGCCACUCCAGCAUUUCCAGCGAAGGAGGAGAUGCUGUUUCCAUCACCCGCAGCAUCGGCCACACCACCGCUAACAGCUUCUCACCGCCACCGGUCACUGAGUCGUCUUCCACAUCCUCCUGCGCACUGUACGAUGGUGCCUGCUUCCUGUCUGAACGGUACGACAAGGAUCUUGUAUCCACCGUGUUGCUUUGCUCGAAUGAACCCAAUCCUUACGCGACGAAUGCAACCCAGAUGCCGUUCGAUUUUGACGCAUUCAGGCGACUGGCCCUUCAGGCCGUACCCACGAAUUAUCCACCAUCAUUGCGGCAUCCGUACACGUACCAGAACCUGCUUGACCGCGCGAUUCGCUUCCGUUGGCCACUGUUGGCGUUGUUGGCAGGUGAAGUGUGCCCGAACGAAAGCGAACAUCGUCGAUAUUGCUGGCUGGUGUGGGCCAUGUUAGCCGGCGAUUAUCCAUUCCGAGACCGGUUGACGCUAAGCGAACCCACUGACAACAACGACCUGGCCCAGCUCGAACGAUCAUUUGUGUGCGGUUUGAUUGAGCAUCUCGUGCGAUCAGGCCAUCUUUGCACACUAGCCAGCUCCCUGGCGGUUUUUUAUCCGGAUUCUGGCUGGUAUCAUCUAGCGGCAUUCUUAAGCCUCACCGAGGAUGUGCUGUUUGAUGCGAAACGGGCUAACCAGCUGCUGACCACCUUCCUAGUCCGCUCGUCUGCCGCCAGUGAGAAUGAGUGUGAACUCUUGCGCAUUUCCUGGUACGAAAUGUUCAGCUUCUCCGCCCGGCUGCUUAUGCUGCAUCUCAGCAACCGGACGUCGAUGCACCACCAGCUGCUGCUGUUGCAGACGUACGUACGGUGUGAUUUCUGCUGCUUUCUGGUGACUGUGCUCGAUUUCGAGCGGAUGCUGCGCAUGUGUGAAAUCGUGCGCCACUGCGACGUCAAGAUCGAUUUUCUCAGCCUGCACGAGUGUUCCAGUGGCGGAAAGGAACAACAGCACACAAACCUGUACGAGUCGCUGUGCGAGCAGCUUGUGGCGAAAAAGUGUCACGAGGCGGCCAUAACCGUUGCCGAAAAGGCGGGACUACCACGUGAAAGUAUUAUUUUCGAGUACUGGGUAAGCGGUUUCGAGGCAACUGGUUCCGUUGGGCCGUUCGAGCGGUAUCAAACCGAAAGCACACGGUACGGGGUUGGACCGGAACUACGCAUAAGCUUCUUUAUGCACAUCGCCAACCGGCUGGAGUACGGCGAACGCCAGCGGUAUGAUCUGCUCCGGUGCGCGUUGGAGUUGAUACGGGAACAUGGGCUCUACCCGAGUGAAACGUUCGAUCGCGACCGGUUGGAGUACGAGUUGGCCCUUAGCUACAUUCGCUGCACUGGCCAGCAGCUGGAUGUCCUCGAGCUGUACUGCUCCCAGUACUGGUGCAAUACGAGCCAGCAGCAAUCCCUCGCUGGCAGUGCCAUUUUGUACCACACGUUUCUCGAGCUCAAGGAAGUAGCCGGCAUUGACGAUCUCACGUUGUCUAACGUUCCACUCACGCAGCCGGAAGAACGAUUGCGGUUGGACGCGCUCAUCAACCGGCUGCUCGACCAAGGAGACAUUGUUCAGGCGCUCCGUUAUCAGGCGAUUUUCGAGCAGCGUCCGGUGGAUCUGCAUUUUAUCGUGUUCUGCAUGGCGCUCGCCGAAGGACUCGUUAGUCUGUAUAACCUCUCGAAGGAAGAGCGCAUGCUUUUGAACGAAGACAGUGCUCGAUCGUCAGGGAGGUUUCAACGUCGCACACUGCGUUUUAGUCGCGUUAGCCAAAGCAGCCAAAUCGGAGGAUCGCCAAUGAAGAGUGGCACCGUGCAGCUGGAUUCGUCGGAUACAAGCACCACAGCAACGUCAGAAUUUGAAGAAGUACCGUCACGUGAACGACAGGACAUUUUCGAGGCGAUCAGCGCUCUCGGAAAUCGCAUUACACACGGCCAGGAACUUGCGCAACGUGUCAUCUUAACGUACCGCGUGGCGAUGUACUUGGAUCGGGAGUACAACGAAUUGCUAAAACUCCGGGAUCCGUUAGCCUUUUUGCCGGAAGUAGUGCGCGAGGACUGCGUCUACAAACUGGAGGUGAUCAGCGACAUCGUAACCUCUACGCGUAUGAGCGUGGACAGUUUUACUGAUUUUCUCGCCUCAGAGAUCGUGUCCGCCGUGGUGCGCUCGAAGUUCUACCUGUUGCAGCAACCCUCGACUCCUGCUCCGGACGAGUUGCUAUGGGGUUACAACAUCGAUCGCGAGUUUCAUCUCUUCCUCGAGCUGGCACCCAGCACGAACACACUCGGGAACGUGUUACUUCGGUACUGCAACGCUUUCCGGUUGUACCGCAAGCGAAAGGACACCGGUGAUAGUGCGGCCGUCGAUCAUGGGGUGCAGGAUGCGCUGGAAUCGUUCGCUGUAAUUCCCACCCUACGCCACUAUCCGGCAGGAGCAGAUCUGGUGGAUCGAUUGGAUGAGAUAUUGCAGCACCAGGUGUUAUCACUGAAGAAACAAAACACGAUCAUUGUCGCGCUCUUGGUGAAGGCACAUGACUGCUUCGUGCACGAGUGCUCGAUGGAGGGCAUCAUGGAGGUGCUGGCGUGCUGCAAAGCCCUUACUGUUAUUCUGACGGCGGCUAAAUCGUGGAACCUAAUUGUGCGGCUACUCGUUGGUAUCGGCCGGUAUCGAGACAUGUACUAUUGCUUCGAAACGCUGAUCAAACACGAACAGUUCGAGUCCUUGCUAGGGCAGUUUGAUGAUCGUGCCGCCAAUGGGCGUCGGUUUCAGUCGGCCAUUAUCACGUUCCUAAACGAGCACUGUCCGGAGCGGCGAGAUUACUUCCGACUGGCCGCGCUGCACUUUCGAAUGUAUCGCGAAAUCGCCGAGCUGUGGGAAUCGGAAGCAAACGGCACAAUCGAUGCGAUCAUUAAAACAUACGAGACCCGACAACCGAUAUCCGGGAAAGCGGCCAAUGUCGGGUCAAAUGCCGUCUGCUGUCAUCGCCUUCAAGCAACGACGCUCAUGCAAACGGAGCUAAUGAACGUCAUGGACGCUUUUACACACGCCACGGAAAACUAUUUGCUGAACAACAAUCUUACGCUCGCACAACGUGCCGCGGCCAGUGCGGAACUGGUAGCAUUACAAAUUUUUUUCGUACGCCAAGCGCUUGUAGCGGAUAAAAACCAAACCGCCAUCAUGGGAACAGGAGCCUCGGGUAAUGCUGUCACGGGAACAAACGGAUCCGGCGACAAUACACCUUCCACCUCGGAUGCAUGUUACUGCCUUUCAGUGCUCGACAUACGCUCCCCGGGAGACGAACAUCGACGAUACGGAACGGCGCACGAGGGUACCGGAACGAACGUGGCCAGCGGUACGCUGGCGUACUACAUCAACUGCUUGCUCACUGUUCCGCAGGCGUUGAUCGUAGCGCGAGCGUACGGCAUCGAAAUCAACUGGCCCGGAGCAAUCUACCAGCACUACAUUAUGCGGGGCGAUUCGGCCUACCUGCAGGACUAUCUCGAUCGGCUUCCACUGACGGACGGGAUGAUUGAAAUGCUGGUGAAAAUAUUCCAGCUGGAACCGCAUCUUACGCCUCGCAUGGAGCUGGCCAUCGGUACGUUCAUCGAGCGCAUACAGUCAGUCACGCUGAAGUACCGAUUAUCGUCGCUGCUCGGACUGAAGAAAACAACCCACGGGUUGAUUAACGGUGGUGCCGUCUAUUACCUGAAGGACACCAACUAUGGGAAGAACGAUGUAGAGGCAAUCGGUGGCGGUGGGAGUAGUGGAGGGAAUAGCAUCCCGAGUGUUCCUGGAGGAACCGCGGCAGGAUAUGCCGGUGGAUCAAGCAUGACGAGUAGCAUCGUGGGAAGCAGCAGCAUCGCGAGCAACACCGUAUCGCUGCACACAAUGUCCAGCUCGUGAGCUUGAAGUGCAAAACAUGGAGAUGCAAUUCAAGUGCUCUAGUGCUAUUGCACACGAGUUGAAGUUAGACUUUUAAGAAAUGUAUUUAUUUCGCUUCCAUGGCAUAUGGCAAUAAAACGUA